CAGGUGCAUAGCCUACAGCUCAGUUCAGUAGGCGAGCCAACGAAGAACUGCGAGAACAGAACCACCCACAGAAGAUUUAUAGAGAUGGCGAAGGCAGACCAGCGCUUUGGGCAGAGAGAUGGCUCCGACCAGAACUUUGACUACAUGUUCAAGCUCCUCAUCAUUGGAAACAGCAGCGUGGGAAAAACCAGCUUUCUGUUCCGCUACGCAGACGACUCGUUCAGCAACUCUUUCGUCAGCACAGUGGGCAUCGACUUCAAAGUCAAGACUGUCUACAGGAAUGACAAGAGGGUUAAGCUCCAGAUAUGGGAUACAGCAGGACAGGAGAGGUACAGGACUAUCACCACCGCUUACUACAGAGGAGCUAUGGGCUUCAUCCUCAUGUACGACAUCUGCAAUGAAGAGUCCUUCAACGCUGUGCAGGACUGGGCUACCCAGAUAAAAACCUAUUCGUGGGAUAACGCUCAGGUCAUCAUGGUGGGCAACAAGUGUGAUGUGGGCGAGGAGAGGGUGGUGCCCACAGAGAAGGGGAAGCACUUGGCUGACCAAUUAGGGUUCGAGUACUACGAGGCCAGCGCCAAGGAGAACAUUAAUGUCCGCCAGGUGUUUGAGCGGCUGGUCGACAUCAUCUGCGUCAAGAUGUCCGAGCGAGUGGACGUGGAGCCGCCCAUGGUCCCCGGUGUCAAGACUACCAGACUCACCGACAAGCCCCCCCAGUUACCUCAGAAGUGCACCUGUGCCUGACUCACACUUAUAGGGCUGAGCCAAGCCAUGCCGAGCCAAGCCAUGCCGAGCCGUACUUGGCUGGCCUGGUUACGCUUCUACCAUAGUUGCUGGAACCAUGCUGGAAAAUACCAUUUGAAUAGAAACUAUCCGAGCCAGCACCGUGCGGUUGGGAUUGGCCCUAUAGUAUGAGUGAGCUACUACUGAUUUGGCCCUCAGUUCUCCACUACGAUACUUGCCAUUCAAAUCAAAAUCAAACCAAAUUUAUUUAUAUAGCCCUUUGUACAUCAGCUGAUAUCUCAAAGUGCUGUACAGAAACCCAGCCUAAAACCCCAAACAGCAAGCAAUGCAGGUGUUGAAGCACGUUGGCUAGGAAAAACUCCCUAGAAAGGCCAAAACCUAGGAAGAAACCUAGAGAGGAACCAGGCUAUGAGGGGUGGCCAGUCCUUUUCUUGCUGUGCCGGGUGGAGAUUAUAACAGCACAUGGCCAAGAUGUUCAAAUGUUCAUAAAUUACCAGCAUGGUCAAAUAAUAAUAAUCUCAGUAGUUGUCGAGGGUGCAGCAAGUCAGCACCUCAGGAGUAAAUGUCAGUUGGCCUUUCAUAGCCGAUCAUUACGAGUAUCUCUACCACUCCUGCUGUCUCUAGAGUUGAAAACAGCAGGUCUGGGACAGGUAGCAUUCCACUACUGUUCUUUCCCAACUCCCUGUAAAGCUAUUACAAGUUCCACAAACUUCUUUCCAAAAAGGUAGCCAACUAUACAAUGUAAUUUAUCAAGCUACCAAUAACCACUACUACUACCACUAUCACCAAAAACUACUACCAUCAAUAACUACUACUACCACUACCACCACUACUACUACUAUUUACAUAUGUUUCCCCCCUGUAGCCUUGACCUCCAGCUGGUUCAGAGGUCAGGGAACACUAAGCAGGGUAUAAAGGUAAGCACAGCAUUGCCUCUAUCCUCCAAAAAGUGGCUUCACCACCGCACAAAGAAUCACAAGACCACAUCAGUUCGCAUUACAAGUUUACACGGGUUAGGAGACGAGCCUCGAUAGCUGCAUAGUCUUCAAGUUCAGAAUAAUUUGGUUUAGUGCUCUUGUUGACCGUCCUUUACAAGCACUAAAGCGAAGACAAACUAACCACUGGAUACAGACCUCAGUUCAAUCUAGUUUUGAUUUACAUUUGGUUGAGUUGUCAACUAACGUGAAAUCAACAAAUUCACCAUGACAUUGGAUUUAUAUUCAAAGUUGGAUAAAAAAUAGAUAUAAAUGCCCUUAUGUUGAUGACUUUUUGCAUCAAAUCAGUUUUCCACAUUGAUUCAACAUCAUCACAUAUAUUUUUGGGGUUGAAAUGAUGUAGAAACAACAUUGAUUCAACAUCAUCACAUAUAUUUUUGGGGUUGAAAUGAUGUAGAAACAACAUUGAUUCAACAUCAUCACAUAUAUUUUUGGGGUUGAAAUGAUGUAGAAACAACAUUGAUUCAACAUCAUCACAUAUAUUUUUGGGGUUGAAAUGAUGUAGAAACAACAUUGAUUCAACAUCAUCACAUAUAUUUUUGGGGUUGAAAUGAUGUAGAAACAACAUUGAUUCAACAUCAUCACAUAUAUUUUUGGGGUUGAAAUGAUGUAGAAACAACAUUGAUUCAACCAGUUUUUGCCCAGUGGGUAACAAUCUUCCCUGUAGAUUUUUGAGUCCCUUAACAAUAUGCAGUGCAACUGUCUCUUGGAGAGGUAAUAACAAUGGUACACUGUUGAAAUGGCAAGAUGUCCAAUACGUCUUUUACCACCAACACUAAGCCAAUGCCAUGUACAGGGAGUUCUGACAUUCUGAGGGACUAUAUAGAAUAUAGAUGUUCAUUGGAGAGCACACUCUUUAUCCUUCAGCUAAUAUCAUCUCCUAGCCGUUAUGUAAGCCAUGUUUAUGUACAGUGUUUAUUUCAUGAAAAUGUGUGUGUUUUAGAGAGCAAAGCAGUCUAUUGUUGUGUAUGGCACAUAACUGAGUGUUCAGUUGUAACGGUUUCAUUUGUGUAUCAUGUAACUUGGGCUGAGGUACAUGUCAACAUCAAAAUACAUUGUGAAAUGGAAGAGACAGAAAAUUAUAUUUUAAAAUGUUCUGCUUAAAAAAAGAACAAUGGCAAAAUCUUAAACAUAUUCUGCAAAAUCUUUGUAUCGCAAAGUAGCACGUUUUUAAGUGUAGCUUCCCACCAUGUGUAUUUUCAGUUUUAUAUUUAAAUGUCUUAAUAUAAAGAUUUAAUAUGUGAAUUUGUAAAUCAUAGUUCAAAUCUAUAAUGGUGUUUGCUGAAUUUAUUUUGAUGCUGUAUUAUGGGAAGAAAUAUAGACCAUUAAUGUCAACUUGUUGUUACAGUGAACUCCUAGACAAAGUGGGAGAAAAGCACAAAGUGAUUGUACAACAUUUUGUGGAUGUUUGUAUAUUAUAGAUGCAAUUUAGUAUAUUAAAAAGCACAACUCUACUUUAA